AACGUUAAAAGAAUUUAAAUUUAUAUUUUCAACAUAACUCAAAUAAUUUCUUAAUCACUUAAGUGAAAUCCAAUAAUAAGUUUAUCCCAAUUUUCUUUUUAGGCUGCCUUGAGAAGGAAAUGAUUCUUGAAAAUUUGGAAAUGACUUCUCAUAUUGAAGGGGCAAUUUUUCAAUUGUUGACUUUUGACCUUGACUUUGACUUUGCAGCAAUUACAACUACAGUCCAGCGGGAAAAGCUAUUAACUACAACUUGCUAAAUGACCCUGAUGCUGUAGCAACAGACGCUACCAUUUCUUUCAAGACAGGUCUUUGGUUCUGGAUGACCACAGUCCCCCAAACCUUCAUGUCACGAUGUAAUCACCGGAAAAUGGACCCCAUCCGCCGCAGACACCGCAACUGGUCGAGCCCCCGGCUACGGGGUCAUUACCAACAUCAUCAACGGUGGCAUAUUGAAUGUAGCAAAGGUCAAAACACACAGGUUGUGGACCGCAUCGGGUGCUAUAAGAGAUACUGUGAUUUACUAAAAGUUGGUUAUGGCAACAAUCACCAAGUUGUCCUUCAAUCUCCAAGGGCAAAAGCUUUGUGGGAGGAGUUGCAGAAUCUGAUCCCAAAUAGGAAAGGCAACUGGUGUUUAGGGGGGGACUUUAACGCUGUCCGAAGCUCAAGGGAAUGGGCAGGGUGCAAUGGGAUGUCCAAAGAAAUGAAAGAUUUUGACAGUUUCAUCACCGAAUCUGGGUUGGUUGAUUUGCCUAUGUGGGGGUUGGAAAGAACAGUUUCAGACCACUGUCCUGUUUUAUUGAAGCACGAGAGGGUGGACUGGGGACCAAAGCCUUUCAAGUUUUUUGAUGCUUGGCUGCAGGAUCCUGGGUGCAAGGAGAUGAUUAGGAAAACAUGGAACUCUACGGCAGUGGAGGGAUGGUAUGGUUUCAAGCUCAAGGAGAAGCUAAAAAGUGCGAAGAAAGCUUUGAAAGAAUGGAGCAGAAACUCAGUGAUAGAGGUGGAUAGGAAAAUAAUGGAAGCUGAGAGAGUGAUAGCCCAACUGGACGAAAGAGGAGAGAAUGUUCAAUUGUCACCUUCUGAAAUUGAAAAGAAGAGAAGUAGUUUUCUUGAACUGUGGAAGAACCUCAAAUUAAAAGAGAACAUGUGGCAGCAAAAAUCAAGAUUGAUGUGGUUAAAAGAAGGUGAUGCAAACACCAAAAUUUUCCAUAUGUGUGUGAAGGGAAGAUGGAGAAAAAACGAAAUCAACAGCAUCCAGAUUAAUGGUGAACAGCAUAAGGGCGUGGGUGAAAUUAAAGAAAAAAUGGAGGGUUAUUUUGAGUAGCUUUUUAUAGAAGAUAGGUGGUAGAGACCCAAGUUAGAUGGUAUCAGCUUCCGACAGAUUGACGAGGCAGACAACGAAUCCCUCAUGGCAGCAUUCUCGGAAGAAGAAAUUAAAAAUGCUGUU